GUGAUUUUAGUGAAUGUCACUUUUAAAAUUUUCAAAUUUCCCGCCAGUUCCGUCCCCCGUACGUCCCGACGCUCGCAGGGGACAGAACCCAGAUGACAGAUGCCGGCAUCGGCCGGAGAACAUUACAGGGGACACUGCAGGGGACGCAUCGCGGGAGUGCAGGACAAGGUAAGUGCAGAAGAGAUCCCGGAGCAACGCUGCAGUGUAUUCCUGAGUGUAGCUCGGGGUUACCGCUUGUGGUACUGAAACUUUACCCCGAGCUACACUCAGGAAUACCGCCAGGGAGGUUAAGAUAAAAAAAUUGGGGUAGAUUUACUAAAACUGGAGCACACCGAAUCUGGUGCAGCUGUGCAUGGUAUCCAAUCUGCUUCUAACCUCAGCUUGUUCAAUUAAGCUUUGACAAUAAAACCUGGAAGCUGAUUGGUUUCUAU